UACACCGGCUACCUGUACUGCAAAAAAACCUGAACAUCCUUCAUGUUCCCAUGCUACUGUAGGCACCGCAGAAACACAUUUGGGGUCAGAGGUAUUUUACCCAUCCCAACUAUGUUAUGUCCCUCAUUUUCUGUGCUAUAAUCCUCUAAUGUUCCAGCCACGUUCUCCUUGCUCCACUGCUCGGCAGCGCCAACCAGAGCCGCCUAGUACCUCCCCGGUGAAGCUACGAUUCCGUUUCUCGCAGAAAAGAACCCCUGCAAAGGCGUUCUCAUUACUUGAUGAAGCAAACCAUGUCUCUACUGCUAGACACUGCUCCACUGUGGUGCCUGAGAUGCCACCUUCUGUCCCUCCCGUCACCUCACAUCUUAACAAGCUCUCUGAGACGUCAGAGUCCUCCACCACUGCCGGGGUACGCUGUCUCGCUUCUUAUUCUUCUUUAUUUCUAUACUGUCAGUCUGCAAUGGCAGUCCAGUGACUUUUACGUCCUACCGUUCAUGACUCACUAGUGGAAGUGCCCCCGGUUGCUCCUGCUAACAUGCCACAACCCAUUUUAGUUGAUCCACCAACAGAAGCAUUACAUGGUUUCCCUCCCAUGGAUGCUCCUUCAGCAGUUAUGCCCACCACUACUGUUGACCGGGUCAUCCCUGUCCUCCCAUCACCAUCUACUCUGCCUACUAGUCGGCCCCAACCCCGUCGGUCAAAAAGGCUUCACUCUUCAGCAGCACCACAAGUUUCGACCCCUGCACCUGCUCCUAAGCUGCGUCUGCGUGAUACUUCUGAAGAUGUUAAGCUAAAAACCUCGUCCUCUUCUGUUAUUAGUACCCUUGCUAAGCCCUCCCCAACCAAAGUUACCGCCCUCAUGUCACAGCUUAGGCGGUACACAAAAAGCGAAUACAGCAUCUCUGGGAGUGUGUUCCCUGCAACAUUGUUCUUCGAUAUUUUAAAACCCCAGAAAUGGGUUUCAUCUAUGCACAUGGAUUUGUUGAUCGCAUUUGUUUGGGACACACAGUCCCUUCUUGAUCUCCCACCGGAUCACCAUACUUGA